AUUCGUCGAGGAGAACAGGCUCCAGCCUCGCAUUCUCAGGCAGACGACACCUAGGUUGCCUGUUGCGUUGGCAUUCGCUAACAUGGCAUCGACGCGAAUAUAUAUAUCUUGUCACGCCUGCGCAAAUUCCAUUUCCCUGCAGACAAUUGCGAUGUGUGCCAAGUCCUGACUCCUAACUUCUCUGACAACCGUAUAAGCAUCAGAUCCAAUUACCGCUGACACCGUCGCAACAUGUCCUACCACUCGCUCCUCGAGUGGCGCCGUAACACGUCGCAGAUGAAAUUGCAGCUCCGCGACAAGAUUCUGACGGGCACCCCUCUCUCUCUCCAGGAAAACGUCUGGCACGAGAUAUUUCAGCUGUAUCUCCUAUGCACCUUCAGCGGGCUGCAUGAUCCAGCCAAGACACUGCUGGCGGCCUACUUUGAUGUCCAGCCUGGCCUCGCACCACACGCAGGACCACAAGACAAACAGAUUCUGAGCCUGCUCUGGAAGCACUGCCCUUCGGCCAAGCCGGGAAACAUUCCCCCGGAUGUCGCAGCGUCUACCGAAGACUCGGCCAAUCCGCCGGAGUACGACAUCCAAAACCCGGCCUUCUUCCAGCUCGACAAGUGGACCGAAACGCAUUGGAUCCCCCGCACCGACUACGGGCACCGGCAGGAAAUCAACGACGCCUACGACAGCCACCAAUGGAAGACGUCCCAGGACCCGUGGACGCACGCCAUCUGCGCGCGCCUCCUCUGCCGCGUGCCAGACGGCCAGGUCGUCCCAGACCGGGAUUCAGUGUGCGAGGCCUUCGAGGCCGUCGACCGCCUCUUCACGCAGCUGCCCAAGCGGGGCGACAGCCUGCCGCACUGCCACAUCUUCCCCAUGAAGGUAUACUUCGCGCUCGCGGUCGGGCUGGGCAGGCGCCAGAAGGCGAGGGACAUCUUUGCACUGGCCUGCACGGUCGGGGAGUGGUGUCCGCAGGAUCUGCUGCCGAUCCCGGCGCUGUAUGAAGUCUACUUUGGCGGUGGCGACGUUGAUAAACCCACUAGUAGUGAGCCACUCAUCUCCGAACCCGCCGCCUCGGCUACAAUCGCCACCCUCACCUCCGCCCUCGCCCACCGCAAACAGCACGGCCAACAAGACCCGCUCCACGGAGUCCCCUGGCCCGAGCUGCUCCGCCGCUUCUCCGAAGCCGCCUUCCAUGUCCACAGCGACGACUACGCACAAACAGACGACCCGCCCCAAAGGCCGUCCGACAUCCUGCUCCCGCCGCUCACGCCCGAGGCGCUAGCCGAGGUCGAGCAGGCCCUCCCGGGGGGCCCGCUGCCGCCCGACAUGCGGGAGAUGGCGCUGGUCGCGAACGGGUUCAAGGGCGCGUGGCACUUCCUGGGGGGCGGGUUCCCGGGCGUCGACAAGCUGUGUGCUGCGCCCAGUGCGGGGGAGUACGAGACGUACUUCGGUGUGUUUCCCGCGCCCAAGAGGGUGGUUACGGCUGCCGGCGGGGUGGCGACGGUCUACGAGAUUGGGCUUGGUUCGGGCACCGCGCAGCAAGGGGCGGAUGAUGAUGAUGAUGCCGGGCCGGUGUGGGUUGGGUAUGGGACGGUGGAGAACGACGAGUUUGAACAUGUCGUUUGUCCGCCGGGAACGUGGCGCAGGCUUGCUGCCAGGAGGGAGUCUCUGGGCGGGGGGGAGGUGGAAGAGGUUGGGGAGGGCGAGUAUAGGGUCAUACACUUCGCGUACUGGGAAGGUGGGGGGCAUGAGGAGUAUAAGAGUAUGAGGCACUGGAUUGCUAGUGAGACGGCUGAGAUGGAGAGGCAACUGGAGGUCGAGCGUCAGGAUGGUGAGACUACGCAAGAUGGAGGAGGGGAGGCAGGCGAGGAGUGAGCUGGUCGUGAGAUAGCCGGCUUUGCGAGUCCCUAUGUUUGCGGUUUACUACCUUUGUACUCAUACCAGGAUCUAGCGGAUAUGGAUCUACAGGUAUUCGUGAUGUGUGUAGUAUUUCCUUCAUUACCUGGUUCAACUUGCAUCACUCUCAGAACGUAGCUGCUCUAUGUUUUAGUUGUAUAUUUUUCUUAGGUACUUAUCGUUCGUUUGCUAUCUUCCUCGAUGCAAUG